ACGUCCGGCGGUGCGCGCGCGCAGGAGGGUCUCAGGGCCGCCUCGGGAUGGCCUGAGGGAGCGUCAACGAGAGAAGGAGCGAAGAGUGGUCGCGGGGGGCCGGCUUUCUGGCUUGCCGUCUGCUCAGUCGCUGCCAUGAACUCCCUGGUGUUCCUCUGCUCUCAGAAGGUUGUCUCUGACUUUGAUAGCUUGCAAGAUGCCUUGGCCUUCCUCCCGAAGGAGCUCUACCCCGUCUUGUUCAAAGCGGCCUUCAUGGACAAGAGGACCCUAUCCUUGCAGCUGCUAGUGAACACCUGGCCCUUCCCAGUCCUAAGUUUCCAGAAGCUGCUGCGGAAAUGCCAGCACUGCGAACGUGCCCUGAUCCGGGAGAAGCCCAACAAGUACUGCAUCCAGAUGGUUAUUUCAGGAGUUGUGACAUACCUGGUCAAGCUGCUGGAGAACCGGCGUGGCAGUAAGAGCAAAGCGCAGCAGCGGCUGCAGAUUCUCGACAUGACCGGCCUCCAGGAUGAAGGGCAGGGCCCAGAGAGCAUGAGUCUCUGGUCCCGGACGGUCACGCUGGCCAAGGCUUGCCUGGACAUCUCCAAGCAGCAAGGCAAGUGGACGAGGCGGACGUCCAAGCGGAGAAAAAGCCCCUACAGCAAACCCCCGGGCCCCCCAGCCCUCCCGCCCGUCUCCGUGGACGUGUGGGUGGACCUCUUUGUGAACAGCACCUCCUACGGAGUCCUGAAGGACGCCUUGCAGAUCAACAGCUACAAUGCCCUGCGGCUGAGGUGCCGGGACUUCCGGGCAGAGGAGCUGUCCAUCGCCAGCACCGUGGGGCUCCUGGAGUUCCUGGACCCAGUCGGCGUCCGGCAGGUGGACCUGAGGUUCAACAACCUGGGCCUCUCUGGCUUGCGAGUGGUCCUCCCGCACCUGACCAAGUUCACCAACCUGGCGAGCCUGAAGCUGCCCUACAGCAACGUGGAUGUGAGGCGCCUCACCGUGGGCAUGGAGGGGAGCCUGCAGUACUUUGCCAACCAGCUGAGCCGACUGAGAUGCCUCAAGGAGCUGAACCUGGGAUCCUCCCGGCUAUCUGGCAAGCUAAGGCUGCUCCUAGGUGACCUGCAAAGCCCUUUGGAGAGCCUGGAGCUGGCCUUCUGCUACCUUCUGCCCAAUGACCUGGCCUACCUUUCCCAAAGCCUCCACACUCCUGCCCUGAAGAAGCUGGACCUCAGCGGGAACAACCUCUCUGACUGCCUCCUGCAGCCUUUCCAAGGCCUGCUGAUGGAGGCCGCCCCCACCCUUCUGCACCUGGACAUCAUGGAGUGCCGCAUGAUGGACACCCACCUGAACGUCCUCCUGCCGGCCAUCUGCCGCUGCUCGCGGCUCCGCUACCUGGGCGUGUUUGGCAACCCCAUCUCGGCCAAAGGACUGAAGAACCUCCUUCACAAGACGGUGGGCCUCUUGGACUUGAAGCUGGUCAUCUACCCCUACCCGGUGGACUGCUAUGGGGAUGACCUGCCGUGGCCCCCCACUUCCUCCAACCUCCUCAACGGCAACGUGGACGAGGAGAAGUUCUUCCGGGUCAGCAACGAACUCCAGCAGAUGCUGCUGAGCGCCAAUCGGGCAGACGUCACCUGGACCACGAACCUCUGCCGCCACAAUAGUCUGGACUUCUUUAGUUUAUAGCCCCACGCGCAUCUCCUGCCAAGAGACAAGGAAUGGGGCUUGUCCUCUCCUGCUGCCACUUGCCUGCCAGUGCUCCCUGUCUCGCACCAUACUGCAAUGGACCAGUGCUGACUACCUUACCUGCCCUGGUGCAUCUCAGCCAGAAAGAUCCACCUGGGAGAGCCUUGCACACAACACCUAGAGUGGUUGCCUGUGCUCUCUUUGCAGCAGAGAUUGAGAGUGUGUGGAGGCGCCAUAGUCUUGCUCUGCUAUUUCUUCCUGCCAGGAGAAGGAUGCAGCUGCCUUUGCCUGCUUGUCCUCAACCUUAAAGGGGCAGGCGGGCAGGGGAGCCUUGCAUUCCUGCCAGUCAGUGGAAAGAGUGCAAAAGAGUGCAGUGCAGUGACUGUGGAAGGAGAAAACAGGCAGGCAAGUGGUGGCCAGGAGAGAGGAGUGAAUGAAAUCUGCCAUGGUGUGGUGGCAAGUGGCAGAUGGGUAUUUCUGUUAUCAUAGGAGGGCCAGCAGUGAAUGCCAGGUCAAAGCACGUGAGCCCUUUCUGGUGCAUGUAAGAAUACAGGGGGUUAGGUUUUGGAUUUUUUUUUUCUCCCCCAAACAUCUAUUUUGUAACAUCUUAGUUAGAGCUUAGCAAAGUGGAUAUUACCGCCUCUCCUUCUGUGUGUUGAUGGGAUUGCCGGAGGUCAGUUGGGUGGGUGCCUUUGAAACGGUUUGGUCCUUUUCAUGAAUUGACGGGAAGUUUGUCAAUCCAGAAUCUGGAAAAAAGGCCUAAAUAUUGUAAGGGCCGAAGGAAGGGGAGGUGAGAUUAUAUACAGAGAACUUUGGGACCUGAAAUAAAAGACCUG